AUGACUAGUCAAUACAUCUAUGCCGGCCUGGCCGUGUUCGUCCUCUUGCUCGUGAUCCGUUCACGCCGACCAAGUCGCAGCAGCUUGCCCUUGCCACCAGGGCCUCCCGGGGUCCCUCUCAUCGGAAAUGUCCUGCAGACGCCCAAGGAGACGCCAUGGGUUCAUUAUUACGAAUGGAGCAAGAAAUACGGUCCCGUCAUGUAUCUCAACAUGGCCGGCCAGCCCUUGAUCAUUAUCAAUAGUUUGAAAGCUGCUCAGGAUCUGCUCUCCCGGCGAGGAGCGCACUACUCGGACCGGCCUCAUCUCGUUGUCGCCGGCGACCUCGUGACCAAGGGCCUGCAUAUACUGCUCCGUCACUACGAUGCGCGGUACCGCCUACACCAGCGCCUGCACUCGCCCGUCGUCACACCUGGCGCGGCCAUCAACUACCGGCCACUGAUGGAGCUCGAGUCGAGGCAGCUGAUUCAUGAUAUUCUGACCAAUAGCGACAAGGACGGCAGCAAAGGCAUCGAUUGGGGCCACUGGUUUGAGCGGGCAAUGUGCAGUACAGUCUAUGCUCUGGUAUAUGGCUAUCGGCUCAAAACGGGCCACGAGGAAUCCAUCACGACGGCAAAGUACGUACAAGCCCAGGCCGUCAAAAUCAUGCAGCCUGGGCGGUACCUCGUCGAUGCCUUCCCGUCACUAAACCAUCUGCCGGGGCCCCUGGCACCCUGGAAGGCCGAGGCCGAGGCGCUCUGGCAGCUCGAGGUGAACCUGCACCUCGAAAACCUGCGCCGGGGUCGCGAGAGCCCCGCGUGGAACAUUGCCACACAUUUGUCCCAGAGCGCCGAAGCCGUCGACAUGGCCCCCGAGGAGCUGGCGUUCAACGUGGGCACGCUAGCCGACGCGGCCCUCGACACGUCGAGCAUGACGCUCAACUGGCUCGUCGUGGCCUGGCUCGCCGAGGGGGCGGCCGCGGCGGGGACGGCAAAACGCGUCCUCGAUGACGUCGUGGGCCGGGACCGCAUGCCGCAGUUUGACGACCAGCCGCGCCUCGCGUACAUCAUGGCAGUGGUGCACGAGCUCAUGCGCUGGCGGCCCACCAUUGCCGGAGGUAUUCCCCAUCGGUACACGGGUGCCGCCGACGAUGACUUCUGCGGUCACCGCAUCCCCGCCGGCGCCUUUGUCAUUGCCAACCACUGGGGUAUCGCGCGGGACGAGUCCGUGUACGGGCCCAAUGUCGAGAGCUUUGUCCCUGAGCGGUGGCUGCCCGAUGCUGAUGAGGAAGUGGACGUCAAGACCAAUAAUGGUGUCAAGGAGCUCUACAGCACCGUGUUUGGUUACGGCCGCCGGGUUUGUGUUGGCCAGCAUGUGGCGCGACAAAUUCUAUUCAUGACGGUCGCGAGAGUCUUGUGGGCUUUUGAUGUCGAAUCGGCGGUCGACGGCGAAACGGGAGAACAAAUCGUAAUUGAUCCGCUGGCCGUCACACCGGGUCUUUCGAUCAAGCCUAGACCGUUCAAUGCCAUUUUCCGCCCUCGGGGCUCCUGGGUUCGGAGUCUGAUCGAGAAAGAAGGCAACACACAUUCAGCUGAUAUUGAUGCAAUACUUGACCAGAUUGCCGUGGAGAGGUCAGGGAAGUAG